GCAGAAUGUGACGUCACAUCAGUAAACGUGACGACAGAUCAGCCAUGUACUGACGUUGAUUAUGACGCCAUCGUGAUGCCGAACACAACAGAGGAAGGAACAAACAUUACAUACACGUGCAAAAGUCUGCUGACACGUACAAAGGCCCAAAUUGACUAUUGUCCUGUACAGCUUUGUCAAGCAAAUGGCACGUGGAGAGAAGCAACGUUGUCAUGUGGGAGUUCUGAAUGCAUAAAUGGGUCAUCGGAGGAUUAUAUAGGCAGUAGAGUGUGCACUGUUUGCGGCAAAAUGUGCCAACGUUGGGAUAGCCAAUCACUGUGGCCACACCCCUUUACCGAGAACUCCAUGUUCCCGGAAUAUAAUGUUACAUUGGCGCAUAACUACUGUCGGGAUCCAAACGGAACCAGGGGCGCCCCCUGGUGUUACACAGAGGAUAACAGCACAGAAUGGGAAUUUUGUGGCAUCCCGAAUUGCAUAGAUGUAACUGUUGAUCAAGGCAUAUGUCCAAAUGAUUAUUGCGGAGACCCAGAGCCAGCCCUUACCACAGACAAUGUGUGUAGUCAAACCAUGAUGGCCGGUGGUUACCUGAGGAACAUCGGUUCCAUCAUUAAGUACGUCUGCAAUGGGCUGUUAAAUGGCUCCCACUCACUGGGAAAUUAUUGUCCCGUGAGGACCUGUCAGGAAAACUUCUACUGGACUUCAGUGUCACUUUCCUGCGGAAUGAAUGAAUGCUAUGGGGCGGGACAAUCAAUGAAUUAUACUGGUAAAAGGACAUGCAGUGCCAGCGGUCAAGCUUGUCUACCUUGGAACAGCCUUUCUCCACAAGCGCACAACUUCACCUCAUCUGACUUUCCGGACACAGACAUUCACGAGGCUGGCACAUACUGUAGAGACCCGAAUGGUACAGAAGGUCAGCCAUGGUGUUUUAUAAACGAAACGACAAUGGAGUAUUGCGAAAUCCCGGAAUGUUCAACAUUGCCAGUAAACUAUGGAAAGUGCAAACCUCCUAAUUUCCAUACGAAAAACGUACUAUACAAGCUGUUGAAUGAAAGCAGGAGUGGCUUUGACCUCCACGACUCUAUCCCGUCAACAAGAACGCCGACCUCGUGUUGCCGUCUGUGUAACCAGCGUCCUCCGUGUGUAAUGGUCACUUACAACAGCACAGGGGGCGCCUGUAACUUGUACAAGGAGAAUGCUACAGUUUUAGACAACGUUGAAUGCACUGCAGACAAAUGCUAUCUGAUAGAACAUUUGUUUUAAAAUCUGAACAGUUCAUUCAGAUCUUUUUUUCAUGUUACGUCAUAUUUAGUUUAAACAUACAAUAUCCAUAAUCAUUGCAGUUCAAUUUAUAACACCCUUACCGUAUAUCACGUGCAUGCUAAAUGAAUACAUAUACAAGAGAAACUUGUAUUGAAAUAUUAUGCCCUAGCAGUGCAAACUUAUAUUGUUUUACAU